AUGUCACAAGAGUCGGACAAGUAAGUGGAUCACACGCGCCGGCUGCUGCUACUACCACUUUGGGCUGAUGGCAACUGUAAUAAACGACUGGUGGCCUUAGUGCCCAUGCCCAGUGACCCUCCAUUUAAUACCCGAAGAGCCUACACCAGUGAGGAUGAAGCCUGGAAGUCGUAUUUGGAGAACCCCCUGACGGCGGCCACCAAGGCAAUGAUGAGUAUCAACGGUGAUGAGGACAGCGCCGCCGCCCUUGGCCUGCUGUAUGACUACUACAAGGUUCCUCGAGACAAGAGGCUGCUGUCUGUAAGCAAAGCAAGUGACAGCCAAGAAGACCAGGAUAAAAGAAACUGUCUUGGCACCAGUGGAGCCCAGAGUAGUUUGAGUGGAGGAGAAAACCGAGUGCAGGUCCUAAAGACUGUUCCAGUGAACCUUUCCCUAAAUCAAGACCACCUGGAGAAUUCAAAACGGGAACAGUAUAGCACGAACGUCUCUGAGAGCCCAGCCGUCGUCCCCAUGGCGGGAAUCACAGUGGUGAAGGCCGAAGAUUUCACACCGGUUUUCACGGCCCCACCUGUGCACUAUCCCCGGGGAGAUGGUGAGGAACAACGCGUGGUUAUCUUUGAGCAGACUCAGUAUGGCGUGCCGUCCGUGGCCAGCCAUAGCGCCUACCUCAAGGAUGAUCAGCGCAGCACCCCGGACAGUACCUACAGCGAGAGCUUCAAAGACGGAAACACAGAGAAAUUUCGGAGUGCUUCAGUUGGGGCUGAGGAGUACAUGUAUGACCAGACAUCAAGCGGCACAUUUCAAUACACCCUGGAAGCCACCAAAUCUCUCCGUCAGAAGCAGGGGGAGGGUCCCAUGACCUACCUCAACAAGGGACAGUUCUAUGCCAUCACGCUCAGCGAGACGGGGGACAACAAGUGCUUCCGACACCCCAUCAGCAAAGUCAGGAGCGUGGUAAUGGUGGUCUUCAGUGAAGACAAAAACCGGGAUGAACAGCUGAAAUACUGGAAGUACUGGCACUCUCGACAGCACACGGCCAAGCAGAGGGUCCUCGACAUCGCUGAUUACAAGGAGAGCUUUAAUACGAUUGGCAACAUUGAAGAGAUUGCAUAUAAUGCUGUUUCCUUCACCUGGGACGUGAAUGAAGAAGCUAAGAUUUUCAUCACUGUGAAUUGCCUGAGUACAGAUUUCUCCUCCCAAAAAGGAGUGAAAGGACUUCCUUUGAUGAUUCAGAUUGAUACAUACAGUUAUAAUAAUCGUAGCAAUAAACCCAUUCAUAGAGCUUAUUGCCAGAUCAAGGUCUUCUGCGACAAAGGAGCAGAAAGAAAAAUCCGAGACGAAGAGAGGAAGCAGAACAGGAAGAAGGGGAAAGGCCAGACCUCCCAAACCCAAUGCAACAACUCCUCUGAUGGGAAGUUGGCGGCGAUACCGUUACAGAAGAAGAGUGACAUCACCUACUUCAAGACAAUGCCUGAUCUGCACUCCCAGCCCGUCCUCUUCAUACCCGAUGUUCACUUUGCAAACCUGCAGAGGACAGGACAGGUGUAUUACAACACGGAUGAUGAACGAGAAGGCAGCAGUGUCCUUGUGAAACGGAUGUUCAGGCCCAUGGAAGAGGAGUUUGGUCCAGCACCUUCUAAGCAGAUGAAGGAAGAAGGGAUGAAGCGAGUGCUUUUGUACGUGAGGAAGGAGACAGACGACGUGUUUGACGCCUUGAUGUUGAAAUCCCCCACCGUGAGGGGCCUGAUGGAAGCGAUAUCUGAGAAAUAUGGGCUGCCCGUGGAAAAGAUAACAAAGCUUUACAAGAAAAGCAAAAAAGGCAUCCUGGUGAACAUGGACGACAACAUCAUCGAGCACUACUCGAACGAGGACACCUUCAUCCUCAACAUGGAGAGCGUGCUGGAAGGCUUCAAGGUCACGCUCAUGGAGAUCUGAGCCCUCAGGGCCUUUCUCCCCGGGGGAGCCGGAAGCCCGGGCCCUGCAGACCCCCCUCGCCCAUCUCACAACUGCUGUUACACGACCGCGCCGGGGAGCGGGCCAAGGCCCAAAGCCCCGUGUUUGGUCCGUGCGUUUGGUCCGCCCACCGGCUCCUGCCGCGGAGCCGCAGCCCGAGCCCCUCGGGAAAGGGCCUUGCGCCUGUUGGAUCCUUAUUUAUUGUCCACCUUUCUCCGGAGCCCGGGGCCCAGGCCCGCCAGGGCUCUGCAGGUCACUGCUGGCUCCCGGUGCCACCGUCCAGAGCCCUCCCCUUCCAUCCAUUCAUCCCGAAGGGCCUGAGGAUGCUCGCCCCUGCCGUCUCACCGCCUCACGUCUCCUGAGCGGACGGACAGAACGAGCCGUUUCCCUCAUCAGAGGUCGGGGGACAGGUGGACGCCCCUUCCUGGUUAGAAACCUUCAGGCUGCUCUGGGACGGUCAUCUCGCCGAUGCCCCCAGGGGUUCCCAGCGAGUGGCCACCAGGCCAUGUACAGGAAGACAUUCAGCCACUGUGUAAUUAGUAAGUAACCUAGAAGGUGUGCCCGGCUACCCGUGUACAUAGUGUUUAUAAUAUGGCAAUAAUAUAUUCUACCUGUGGUAUGUGGGCAUGUUUACUGCCACUGGCCGGGGGAGGCACCUACCUGGAGACCCUGCUUUCUCCAAGAGGCUUCUGCCUCUGUGCUGUUCAGGAGACGCGCUGGGCGAGGGAAGUGGCCUUCGGGGUGUCGGGUGACUGCAGUGGGUGCAGAGACGGCCACUCCCGUGGGCACGCGCGGGGCCUCGGUCCCUGUCCGCAGAGGGCGCCCUGUUCCCUCUCCAUGGGCACUGCCCGCCCCGGAGGCCACUGAGUUUAUCUCACGGCGAUGCGCUUUGCCUGACUCUCCCUCUGAGCUGUCUCGUGGCAAAGGUCAGAUUGUCUGAGGCCCCAGCUCCUCCCGCUUUGGUGUCGGCACCGCCUGAACUUUCUGGAGAGACGGCAGGGGGGUUGCCACCAGGGCCCCGUCUCUUGGGCCCCCUGCAGAACUCCUUGGCUAUCGUGAGGAUCCUGGCCACCGUGAGUGCCUCGCAGUUUACAAGCACGCCCUUCAUCACAAGUGGCCCCCUUAAAGCCCAACUGCGGUCCCGAGAGCGAGGCCGACAGUUCAGCUCUGGGUCUCCAGGCCACAGCGGCCUCCCAGGGCUCCGCCGCCUCUGCUCCCAGCUGCUGGAUGUGGAGGGAGCGAGCGAGAAUGCCCCAAGAGCCCUGGCCCUUCGGAAAGCAGCGUCCAGAGGAAGACGGAGAGAGAAGGUUUGCCCUCCUGCUGGGUGCCCUGGCAGAUGAAAAGAAACGCUUCCCCAAACGAUCACGACGUCAUGGACCGUCCAGGCCACAGUUCUCUUUGAGGGGACAGGAACGUGGUCUAGGGUCUGUGCUCACCUUUGCGGGUUGAAGCACUAGCUUUUUACUAGCCAGCAAACCCUCCACCCAAGGUCCCAGGUCUAGGACAGGUUCUCCGUAAGGACCCAUUUGUCUGUAAAGCACUUUGAUGUCUUACCUGGGGGCUUUCUCUUCCAGGGCUCCCUGCCCUCCCACCCCACUGCCCCUGAGGCCCAGAGCCGGACGGGAGGGCUGCUUCCAGCCCAGCUGUUUGUCCUGGAGGCUGCAGAGGAUUUGAAUGGAAUGGCGGGCAGGUGCAGAGCCUAGGAAGAUCUCUGGGUGUGGUGAGGAGGCACCUUUCUGUGUCUUCUGGACACAUUACCCCUCUCUGUGGUGCCAAAGGUUACAUCCUGGAUUCACCUCUGCUCCAGCCUGUCGCCUCCUCCUCCACUCUGUGACUGCCAUGCCCCGGACCGGCAUCUGGGGGACCCUCCUGGGUACUAAUGGGGCUCAUUGAUGGGAGUGCAUGAUGUACAAUGCGCCUCCCAUGCUCCUUGCCUGAGGGGCGGUUUCAGACAUGAUCGGCAGACGUAAUGGCGAAUACUAUUGGGCCGGGGCACAGCACUCCAGAGUAGGAAAAAGAGAAAAUCUUUGGCAAUCUGACACGGGUUACCUAGCCUUCUCUCUCCAGCCUUUGGGGAAAAAUAUGUUGGCUGAUCCUGCCCUAGGCAGAAGAUGAAUCAGAGAGGCUUUUGCCUUUGUCCCAGGUCCCUGCGCAAUGAUCGCGGUGACCACUGCCAGAACAAAGCAUAUGAGGUCAGUGCCAGCAAAGGGUGGUGCAGUGUCCCCUCUCAUUUGAUCUGUCCCCAUCUUACCACGUCCCUUUGCAUUCCCGGUGUGCCCAUGGCUUAGCUUCGAUGUGGCCUUCACUAUGUAUAUGAGCAGAGCUUUGAUGAGCAAAAUUGUCCAAGAAAAAACACUCCAGAGAGAUAGGAAAACUUGCCUCCUCUUCUUUUUCUGUCCCUUAAUAAAUAAGCUUUAAAAAAAAAAAAAUCCAUGUAAGACAAGGGACAUGUGAAACAAGUGUUUUUCUUAUACUUACCCAAAUUGCUUAGACUUUAUGGGUGUUUAGAAAUUGGGUCCAACAGAAAAAUGCAGUCGGGUGUCAUCUUGGAAUUGGAUCCUAAAAGACUAAGGCACGUCCCAGCCCAGAAACUUAAGAAGCAUGAACUGAAUCAAACAUUUAUUUUCCUUAUUUAAAAUUAUGCAAAUGCAACAGAAGCAGAGGGCUUGUGCCAAAUUCUAUGAACAGCCCUUUCUUAAAGACAAGCAAGGAAGACUGCUAGAUGGACAAUUUGCUCUCGUGUUAAAAAAAAAAAAAAAAACAAAGGCAAAUGUAACUUAAUAGUUUUGUAAAUGGGAGAGGGGGAAUCUAUAAACUAUAAAUACAGUUAUUUUAUUUUUUGUACAUUUUUAAGAAGAAAAAAAUAAAUAUUCCUAACACUCGACUGUCCGGUGUUUUCCAUGAGGUUGGUAUUGGGGCUCUUUGCCUGACUGGAAAGAAGCCUCUGUGUGAGCGGGGAAGGUUCUAGGCUCCCCUUGGGCACCUCAGGUCCUGGGCUCCAACACAGCAGACAUUUCCUCUUCUGGCUGCUUUGUUGUGCCCAACCCCAAGGUUAAAUGAGAAGACGGCUGAAGACAUCACAAGGCCUUUGGUGUAACCACGACAGGCCACCAGCGUGGCUAUUCUUCCAGUUCCCAGGGCAGGAAGUAGGCUCUGUCCAUCUGCAUUUGCCUUCCUCAGUCCCAGCUCCCUCACCACCACUUCAAUGUACCACGAGAGCUUUCCCGUCCCUUAGUUCAUCCUCACCCACCUCUCCACAGAGACUAAAACCACGUGGCUGAAACGCCAACCUCAUCGUGACAGUCUCUUGCCCUGGAACCCACAGCCUCGCUAGUAUCUGUCAGCUCAAAUCCCAGUAUUUCUCGGCAUUUCCUCAGUGGCCACGCACACUCCUUCAGCCAUCCUCCACGAUUAGCUCCCGAGAGCCUCUCUGUUCCAAACAAGUAGCGCUUCUAUGUUCUUCCACCUCUCUGUCUGUCCAUGUCCACAGCUUUCAAAUCUUGGCUAAAAAUUUGCCUAGGGAAAGCUUUCUCUGACCAACUUUGACCCCCUUGGCAUCCUCAGCAGCCUCCGUGCCUGGACCAGUGGGCAGCAAAGAGGAGGUCAGGAGAAGUGCUUGUUGAGGAGGCUUCUGGAGAGAUCCUGGGAUUAGAAAUGGGCCAAAGGCCCAUUGCCACGAUCCAUGUUCCGCAGUCUCAGUAGGAGGUCUGAAUGUAUUCCCCACAGGCCCGAGGAGGUCCUGCCGGGCAUGCACUGGUCUCCACAUCUCCCCUGAGGCAGUCCUCCCUUGACCCGUGGCAGCCAUAGUCCUGCUGUGAACUCUGCUCCCCAUGUGUGCCAACCCCCCCCCCCACACCUCCCUGUACUGGGACUCCGGGUAGGUAAAGCUGUCAGGGCCACAGGGUCCAGUACCAGCUCUUGCCUUCAUCGCUAUGCCAGCUCAGCUCAGUUACUAUGGACCAGGCAUUGUGUCCGGUGCUGGGGAGUAAGAGGCACAUUAGAUGCAGUCCAUCCUCAGAGGCUGCGAUGUGCCCAGUGAUAACAGCCUGGCAUCGUCAGCACCGGGAUAGGGGUUCACUCUGGGAGAGUCAAGGCUCAACAGUCACCCCAGUCCUAAGGCAUACAAUCCCCUCUUACCCUUAGACUUUCACAAUGUGAUGAGAGGUCACCAAACGCUAAUCUCACUUUAGGAAGGCUGCCAACUCAAGUGUCUGAGCCCCUGUAUCUCUGAGGGUCAAUGGCACAUUAACAACACCCAGGGCAGCAAAUGCCCAGGACCUAUCUAAGUCCUGGACAUGUGGUCAUCAUUUUAGUGUAGAGAAAUCUAUUUGAAAUGAAUAUCCCAUUGGUUAGACCCUUGGUGUGGACAUCUUUGCACUCUGCAACAAUCUUUCUAUUUUAGGUGGAUUUGACUGAUACUCUACUGCCUUGGAAAAUACAGGGCUCAAUUUUCUUUCUUUUGUUUCUUCAGCCACUUAAAAAAAAAAACAGAAAAUUGCAGGAAAGUGAAAGCAUACUCCUGACAAAGAUAAAGAGAGGCCUGCAUGAAGCAUCUCCAUUUCUUCCAAAGGGAGCUAGCGUGAUCUCCCCCUGCCUUGACUGAGAAAACAGGCAGAUUCUUCCUCACCUGGCCUAUGCCCACGUCCCCUCCCCCCCCCCCCAUGCCUGAACUAGGCUGUCAGGGGGUCCAGAGCUGGGUUGGGACACUACCCUGAAAAUAGGAGCCUCAGGCUUGCAAAUGUGCUGGAAAUUAACAGGUUCACCUCCAACAGGUGUGCGAGUGAAGGCUCCUGACCAGGUUGGAGGGUCCCAGCCACCUCCUCACCAUCACUGCCAUGAAUGACAUGGCAUUACUCAUGCUCAGUUCUCAUGGGCAUCAGGGCCAUUGCUGGUCUACAGAGAGAAACUGUGAGGUACAAAAAGACUCCCCUCCAGGCCAACUCAGCUCCUACAUGAGGUCUGGUUGGCCCAUGAGACACCUACCAAAGCUGACAUUCAGCCCCUUUUUCCUACAUUCACAAGGCCAAGGACAGCAGCAGCAAGCACCUUGAUCUGAAUUGGCUUUGAGGCCAUGGGCUCUGUAUCAUGUCAGUUUUCCUAUAGACUCUUCUCCAGCCUGAGAAGCCGCGAGAGGGGAGAGGGGGAUGUUAAUUUCCCACUGAAGAGGAAGUUGCCUCAGUUUCUCCUUCCGGUGCACCGAAUGUUGAGACUAGAAUUUAUAGCUCCAGUUGUGAGGAAGGAGAGGAGGUACGAAAGUGAAGGCCAUGAGCAGAGGGAAGUAAGUUAGCCCACAUGUAGACCAAGGAUGCUUUCGGACAGGGCUGUGGGUCCAGCAGACCCUCUCAUCCCCGCUUUCACAAACCCUGCUUCCUUGUGCCUGUAGAGCAGAAAGCACACCCAGGAGGUGGCCAGCACAGCAUCUGGGCCCUCAGUCGGGCACAGAUUCAGCUGGAGCAGGAGUUUAGGCACGGAAACCUCAUGUCCCAGACCAUCAUAUUAAAUCAGCAACAUUCUCGAAUGCCAAGCUAGAGUAACACAAAAGUCAACUGAUAUAGGACCCACGCCACGGGGAGGGAUUCAUAAAUUACUAAAUUCACUUGUGGAAAGUGCCCCAGGGCAUAUCAAUGGGAUGGGACUGCGCCCUCAACACCCCUUCCCCACCCUAAACAAGGAUACGAACAGUCGGACCACUCUGCAUCAUCCUUCAAGUCGUAAGCCACUUUAUUCCAGUCCCUUGAACAUCACAGGCCGGCCUGAUUUCAGACAGAACAGACUCCGUUUCCAGAGGCCCCUCAACACAGCAAUGGCAAUGAACAGCCCAGCACAGGAGUGACAUAAGCUUUUAGGCAUUCAGCCUUCUGGGUGCUGCCGAGUCCCUUGGCCACACUUGAGUGCAUUGGAUCAGACAUACAAAGGCCUUCCUGGGAAGGAGGAGAAUGAGAAAACAACCCUCAAGAAAAUACAGACAGGGUCAAUGGCAGGCAAGGACAAGGACUAUUUUCCGUCCAACCCGGGCGUGCCAGCAUUCAUCAGCCGUGCGACUGCUUUGUUUUCUUAACAGCUGGAGACGCUCUCCACUGCUUCUCACUCCAGCUCUAGGUUCUAGGGAACAGAGUGAGUCUGGCUCAGUAAGAUGUCAUGACUGAGGACAGAGCCCAGGUGGGCUUUCCCCAACAUUAACUGACUCCGCCAUCUAAGGAGAACUAAAGGAGGAAUUAGCUCUUCAAUCAAGAGCAGGAGAAAGUGGGAGGCAGCUCCUGAACAUCACCUAUAGAGGUGCCGGGUCCCCUUGCCACUGUGCACGCCGCGUCUUAGGUUAAUUCCCUAGUUUUCAAAACCAGAUUUUACCACUUGGCCAAUGGAGGGACUCAGCAAGUCUCACAGUAUAGAACCACUAUUAAAAAACCUGACACUCAGAGGAAGAUGGAGAUUAUUUUACUGAGUCCAGGUCUCAAAAUUUCACCCUGCCAAGUUGGUUCGUUUUGGUCAACCAUACAAAUUCAGAUUGUUACUAUCAGUUUAAAUGGAAUCGAGUAAUACACAGGAAUCUAGAGGUUAGAAUGGGCUCAGCAUCAUUUUCCUCAUGGUUAUAAGUUUAUCUUUCUGUGGUUCAUGGUCUACAGGAAGUCGCUUGGCUGCAGCCAAGGAGACCUCUCUGCCUUCUCUUGGGGCAGGAUCUCCCCGUCUACAUCCUUGAGUGUUUGGACUUCCCCAUGCCUACUGCUUGUGAAAAUAUGACUUACCUGUGACCAGCAACUUGUACUCUUACCUUUCAAUUCAAAUUAGGAUGUAUGAGGUCAUCAGACCAAACAGCAACUCAAAUUUGUAUUGUCACUUCUGUAAAUAGAAAUUUGCAUUCAGAGAACACGAUGAUGCAAGAUCCUUUUGGGUUCCCCAGGGUGGGCCUUGGAAAUCACAGACACACUUGCCUAUGCCUUCUUCAAGAUGAACCAGACGAUGCCCAACCUCUGACUCUUUUCAGGGCCGCUAGAGGCAUGGAAAAGUCAACAUUCCAGCUAUGGCUUCCUAACCAUACAUGUGGAUUAAAGCACUGGGCAGUCCCGAGAAUUUAUGCUAUUUGGGGUGGGGGUGGGAACAGCUACAGAAUAUUAUCUGCUCAGAAAAGCACCACACCUCUGAUCCAGGACUGUCAACGGGCUGCUGGGCUGGGUGGGCAAACCCACAUCUCUAAUAAAUAUGAACCUUCUGGUGCUCCAGUUGACACAUCCCACUCAAACUUGCCCCACUUCUAUUCCCGAGGCACUACCACUGGAAAAGCAUUCAAAAUUAAGGUUGGGCUCUGGUCAUGGUUACUUUGUACUUUUCUGGAAUAUAUAAAAUAUACCUGUUGAUUGGUGCAUUUGUGCAAAGACGGAUAUGAUUUUAAAAUAAGACAUAGACAUUCAUUAUAGCUGGCUUACUUCACAACAAGCUACUGAAAACAGUCUCCUGUAAUAAGAUUGUAUUAGUGCUCACUAAACAUGCAUUUCAUUUAAACAAGGCAAAACACUUAAUUUCAUCUGCAAUACCCAGUAUUUUAUAUACAGCAAUCUUUUUUUUUUUUUAAACUACAAUAGGCAACAAGAUGGGUCUGGUUUUGAAAUAUAAAUUACCAUUUGUGUUUAAUUUCCAGAGAAACUCAUCUUAGCUCAACUAGUGUAAACCUGGGAAGAAAUAGCUGAGCCAUCUUUUUCCUCUCCUCUAUGAAUUUACCUUGAAAUGUUCACAGCUUAGAAACUAAAGCCUGCUGGGGAAGAGGAUGGGGUGGGCCUCCAGGUGGGAAUCCCCCAGGCCCCUUUAAUAGCCUGGCCCGGAGGAUUCCUGGUCCCUGGGAAAUCGAGCAUCUGGUGCCAUCACCCCUAGGACAUGUGUUACUCCAGACCCAGGUGGGGAAUUUUGUUUUCCAAACAGGGCCCUCAAGCUUGCAAUACAAUCACUGGACUGGAUUGUUUUCUCUUCUCUUCUCUUGCCUCCCCCAGUCUUCAGUUUUAGAACACAGACUUUCGAAUCAAAGGAAAGGUAAUAAUAAUAACGAUGAAAAAUCGUCAGAACAAUGAACACCACAAAGUCUGUGCACGGCAGCACUGUUCAUGCUCUCCACAAGCGCGGGGGCUCUAGACAUUCCCACGAAGCGUCCACGACAAAAGAAGCUGCAGGCGGCACGGAGGGAGGUGCAUCCGACCACACGGGGAACAGCAUCACCGUCAAUAUUGUUUGGCAAAAAAAAAAAACUUUUUUUUUUUUGUU